AUGUCCAACUUGUUUGGCCAAUCGGCUCAUGAGUUUAGCAACUUUCUUUCCAAUUUCACUCCUACCAACACGAGUACCACUACAACAACAAACACUCAAGAAAAUUCCGCUCCCGUAUUGUUAUUGGGUGAUGCUCUUCCGCAACCAAAGAUUGAUUUUGGUGCCUUGCUUGCAAAGCGUAAAGAAGAAUCCGAUGAUUUUAUUUCUCCUCCCGAGGAAGGAGGAGAUGUAGAAGAAAGUGGAAAAAAGACUUCAUCAUCCUCUUCUUCAUCAUCUGCAAACAAAUUUGGAUUAGGAUUUAGCUUUGGAGGAAAUAAGCCUUCAUCGAAUAAUGGCAAUAAUGAAAUGAGAGAUGUUAAAGAAACGAAAGGAGGCUUUGCUUUUUCUUUUGGUCCAACUCCUUCAUCAUCAUCGACAAAUACGACCUCCUCUUUUCAGACAUCCUUUCAACCAUCAUCAUCAUUGGGAGCAUCAUCAACAAGAAUUCCAUUUUCAUUUGGUGCCCCAACAUCUACAUCUUCAACAACAACCUCAACAACAUCGACACCAUCAUCGUUAUCAACAAAAUUAUUGACAGAAGAAAAGCAACCAGAGCCUUCCAUAGCUGAAGUACAAACACCCAAGAUGGUUAGAACCCAAAAACCUCCAAACACAAUUUCAUUUGCAAAACCAUCUCUUGUAGCACCUAGCGGGCUCUCACAAUUUAACUUACCAUCAAGAAAAGACCAAGAGGAUCUUUUAGACAACAAUUCUUUACGGGUAUUGGAUCAUGAUUUAUCUGCGAAUAAUAAUCAACAGAAUAAGAAUACUGGCAACAAACCACCUCUAUUUUUCCCAUCAACCCAACAAUCAAACACUGUGGAUUUAAACAAAACAGCUCCAAUCCAAAGUAAUUUUUCAUUCAAUUUCGGAAUCAAGAGUGGAAACACUUUCAAUAAGGAGUCACAAGAGUUGUUUGGCGAUAAUUUGUCGGUCUCUUCGUCCUCUUCAUCUGCUAAACCUACUAAUUCAAAAUCAAUAUUUGAUGAUCACUCUAGUAUUCGCUCUUCCGGCUCGUCCAACAGCUUUAAAUCACCACUCACAAAUACCGACGACAUGGAGGAUGAGUCCAUUAUAGACAAGAUUGAAUAUGAACCACAACAACCAAGUAGGUAUGAGCAGGAGGAGUUAUGGUGGAAGAUUUUGCAUGAGUCUUGUGAAAUGUUUCUCUUCAUACAAGAUAGAUAUAGCGAUGACAAGCUUGACAAAAAUACUUUAGAAAAAUCAAUCACACAAUUCAAAACCAUACUAUUUGAAGGACUUUCUAAAAUAAGUUCCUUUGAAGCGUAUUACGAUAUUUUCAAUGCAAUUGAAAUUUUUUAUUUCUAUAGAUUUAGCAGAGGCUCUCUUUUGCAAAAGCUAGUGAAGUGGUAUUUGAAGAGCUAUAUUUAUCUCACAAACAAAGAUACCUCAGAUAGGGCAAUUUAUCGACAACUCAUUUUAGGUGAAGUGCCAGAAAAAAUUAUUGACACAAUUCGUGACUACAAGAGCGACGAUCUUGACCACAUGAAAGUGAAUAUGAAAGACUUGUACAGGCAUUAUGAGGACUUUUUUAAACUAUUAAGUAAGAAACCAAAUAUUCUGAAGUUUAAGGCCAUUUCUGCAACGUUUGAGGAGUAUUUGGACGAAACUCAACAUUGGAAGAUCGAAGCUCUGAAGUUGAAGCGAGAGCUGAGAACAUUAAAGGAUACCACUAGGGAAUAUCAAUUUUUAAGCGAGUGUUUCGACAUUGUCACUGGAGAUGAAGACAAAAUUGUUGAACAAUCAAUCAAUUGGCUUGAAGUAAUGAUAGGGUUAAUAUUACACAAAUAUCAACGAUUUUCUGAUAUUAACGAAAUAAUCGACUUAGCAGUUCAUGCAAAGGAUAUGAAAGACGAUCAAGACACUCACUCUACUCUCGAGGCUAUCUGCUUGCUUGUCAUUGGAAAUGAAUUAGAUACAACUCUCAAAAGCAUCCAGGAAGGUCUCUCAAAUAUUAAUGAUGACAAAUCCUUGUUCAAAAAUUACUGGUUCAUUGCUCAUGCUACCAAUUUCUUAUUCCACAUCAACACUCUCUACCAAAAAUUAUACAUUACGACCAAUUCUGAAAGUUUCAUACGUAAUCUUUCUUUCUUAAACAGUCAAUAUUUACGUAAGCUUGUGACAAAAGAAAUUAUACCAUACUACAACGAGAUUGCCCAAUAUAGCUCAUUGGAAAAUGAUUUAUGGAAAGUAGCUAUUGAUUAUUUAUCAUAUUGCGCCUCUGAACCUCAAGAUGAGAUUCACGACAUCAUUAAGAGAAUCCUUCUAAACAUUUCUGUUUCCAAUGAAUACCAACUUGACAGAAUUUAUAGAUACAUCAAAGAUACACCGUUUACAAAAGCUGUUGUAGGCCAUUUACAUUUGAAAUUAGGUGAAAAGUGCAUUUCAGAAAAGAAUUAUGCUACAGGAAUUUAUCAUAUUUACAAAUCGAAUGACAGAGACAAACUAGAGUCAGUGAUUAGAGAAAUAUCAACAACAGAUAACCUUCGAAUUGUUUAUUAUGGAUUAGAGGAGUAUGGAUGUUUGAUAGACAUGCAAGAAAUUCAAUGGAUCUCAUCAUUCUUUAAGAUUUUAGAAAAUAACGAAGCCAAUAUUCAUUUGCUCCCAUCUACUUUGGCAUGUAUUCCAAAUGAUGAGCUCAAGCUCGAGCUUUUGACAAGCAUUGACUUGAGCAUUUUGAAAUAUGCUCAAAUAGUGGCCGUAAUGUCACAUCUUGAGGAAAUGGAAUUUCAUUUUAUGGAUUUGCAGGAAAUGACAAAACAGUUAUCUAUAGAUACUCUAAGUGAAUUGAGGCUCGUUCUUGCCAGAACCCUCCAAAUAAAGAUUCUGGAAUAA